AUCUCAAGGUGACAUAUGAAAUACAGUGAAAUACAGUAUAAUGGAUGCAAAUCGCACUUCCCAAACCCACAGCGUAGAAGAGCGACACGAGAAAACUGGCAACACGGCUCUAUGGGCUUCAGUCAUAUGACAUGCGUGUCAGCUGAUGUGUGGAGGAAAGAGGACCUGCUAGUCACUAUGCUCAAAUUGCUCGAUAAAAUAUCUCCAACAGAGUGUCCUAAACUCUUGCACAGGGUGGUGGAUGGGCUCUGUGGUCGGAGUCACCCAAAGCACAUAGAGUAUGCUGUCACAUGGAGUCUGCUGGAGUGGGGAGAACUGAUCAGCUCACUAAACUACUUCUUCCGAGUCGCUGUUGGGAGGAAAUGCUCAGAUCAGGAGGUACAGGAAUUGCUGGGUGAUCUGGAAUCUGUACAUGCGGAGGCUGUUCAGCAGUGUGUGCAUGCCAGGCAGGAGGAGAUCAGGCAAGCGCUGGUGGACAGAACCAACAGAAUCUGCAGUACACAACUAGAUGACUUCAACUGGCAGCUAAAACUUGCAUUAUCCAGCGAUAAGCUGUCUUCUCUAAACACUCCUCUACUGAACCUCUGUCUCGACCUGACAGAGAACGGAAUCCAGAGAGCUGUAAACAUAGAAAUGAGCAAAGAAGAGCUAAACACACUCAUCACUUCAUUGGAGGCUGCUAAUAAGGUGGUCCUGCAGAUGAAAUGAAUGGAGCACAUGAAGAGCUGUGGAUGUGCAAGGACAUGCCUAAGGAAUGAGGAAAUGCGGGGCUUUUAUAGGACGAUGCUACUGUGCAAACGGGAAAAAGAAACACUAGGAUGAAUGUGUGUAUUAGAAUUAGUGUGUAUUGAGCCUAGUGUAUGUGGAGGUCACCUCAGUAAACAGCUGUAACUCAGAGCCUCAGUUGGUUGUAUGAUGUUGAAUGAAGUUCAGACCAUUAUGUUUAACAGCAUUGCAUAUGGACUGACAUAACUGAAUAUUUGCUUCUCUCUUUAUUUUUGUUUUUAAUGAGACAUCAGGAGCUUGAUUAUGUAACAAUAUUCUCCAAAUUCCCCAUGCCUUUUUAAAAAAAGAAAUCAAAAAUACAAACAAGGUUACAUACCAUGUCCUGUUCUAAAAGUGUGACUGCAUAUGGAAGAUGAUGUAUAGAGUUGAGCACUGUUCAAAUUAACACGUUGAUUAUUGAAGAUUGAAAUUAAUGCACAUUAACGCAGCCAACACAGUGAAAGGUCCUGGUAGAUAAUAGCACUGCUCAUUCAGGAGUAACAUAUAAUAAUUAAUGUGAGCAGAGCCUGUAACAGAUAAUAAUUAAUGAGAACAGAGUCUAUCUGAUUUGAAUUUUCCUCAUCGUUUCCCCUCCCUGGUUUAGCAAAGUCUUUCAGUUUCAAUUAACUGUCAGUUCGGUCCAUUUGCCCACCCCUAUGGAGAGCCCUGGCUGUGUGAGUGUGUGAUGGGGGAAAGAAUCGAUUAUUAAAUAAACUGCUUUUUCUUUUUUGUUCCACCCUUCAUCCAUUUGCUUCAUGCUGCACAGAUGGGCUGCUCAGCUUAGAGCAGCUGAAUCUUCUCACUCUUACUCAAGAUCUGUAAGUGAAAGUAAAGUACUCGUUUCAAAGGGCUCUUGAGAGGUACUGUAAAGGUCAUACAUGAGGAUGGGAAGCUGCCAUGCUACAGCAGUGUCUUCUAAGAAGUGUUCUCCGUAGCACUACGACAAAUAACAUCAGUGCAGUGGUUUGGUGAAAUAUUUUAUUUGAAUCCUUUGAGGUUUCUCAUGGUUUAAGAGGA